AUAUCACAUUUUUUUAAAUUCGUAGCAGAUCAAAGUAGGGGAUCAGAAUAACUAAAAAUAACAAAAUAAAAUAAAAAAUCUUUCUUCUAGUGGUAUGUUUUUACAAAUAAUUUCUGAUAUUUGAAAUUAUUGUUUCAAUAAUUUUCGGUUAUAAAACUUAGCAAGCCUUUGAUAUUAUAGUACCUAUCAACCAAUCCCAGCAAUUAUUUUGACAAGAGUUCAGCCUUUCAGCGUCACUUUAACGGCGUCGCUUGAGUUCAAUUACGAAAUACCAAACACUUUAAUACGGAGAGUAUUUGAAUGCUGUGAAGUACUUUAUAUUAUCUUUUAAUAUAAAUCAAAAAUGGUGGGUAAAGGAAAGACUGCUGUAAAACCUGUUGCAGAUAGAAUGCCGACAGAGUCAACUAUAAAAAAUAGUUCCAAUCGCAGUAAAAGCCCCAAUAAACCAAAAAGUCCAGGGAGAAGAAAAAGUACUGAAAGAAAUAAAAGUCCCACUCUAAGAAGGAGUCCAGGAAGGGCGAAAAGUACUGAAAGAACAAAAAGUCCAGCUAGACAAAAGAAUCCAUCCAGAUCAAGUCCUGCUAGAACUAAUUCGGAGAUCAUACCUAGACCUCCUACACCAACUAGAACUAGAGUAAGAAGCCCAGCAAGAGUUAAAAGUGCUUCAGUACCCAAAACUUCAACACCAAUUCAAACAGCAGUAAAAAGUUCAACAAAAAAUAUAGAAUUACAAACAGAUAAAGAAAAAGGAACUGAAGAUGUUCGACCAAAAAAACAGAAGAUCAUUAUUGAUACAGACACCGAUUCAGACAAUGCUAGUGUCCCUGAAAUUAAAGAAAAGCCAAAAGCUGCGGUUCGUGGUAGAACUAGACGUAUUGAUAUAGAAAGUACAGCAGUUGAGGAUGUGAAAAAAUCCAGUAAUUCGGAGUCUAUUGAUGCCCUUAGCACUAUUCGCCGAUUUACUAGAUCAUCACAAAACAGAGAAAUUGAGAAGGUGAUGCACCUCAAACAUUUCGAUUCUCUAACUGUCAUCAAACGUUUGGGUGAAUUUUCUGAUGAGGAUGAACUGAAUGAGAAAAAAUCUCAAAGAGAAUUGAAGGAAUAUACAGGAAAUAAAAAAUUCGACGAAUGUGGAGGAUUAUAUGGUGCCUUAUUUUUAAUCCCGGCAGUACCGUUGAGUCUGAUAAUGUUGUACACUUUUUGUACUCAGGCUGAUUGUUCUUUUUCCAAUCUAUCAAAAUUGAAUGUUUUGAAAUCUUACACGACUUAUUUUGAUGCUAAAUCAUAUCUUGGAAUUGUAGCUUAUUUUACACUGCUGGCUAUUUUAACAGCUAUACCAGCUGGUGGUGUCAAAGUAAAUGGACCGCCAAAUAAAAGUGGCAAAUUCGAAUACCGCUUGAAUGGAUUACUUAGCUGCUUAACAUUACUUAUCAUAUCAGCUGCAUUACUGUUUAAAAAAAUUGAUGUUGCAAAUUAUUUGGUUAACCAUGUUUCUCAGUUUUUAGUUGGUUCUAUUAUUCUUGGUAUUGGCGCUUCUGUUUUAGCCUAUAUUAGAAGUUUUUAUGUUCCAGUUAGUGCUCUCAAUUCAUUUGCAGUUGGAAAAAAUGGAUUAUAUGGUUUUUUUAUCGGCAGAGAAAUAAAUCCUAGAUUAUUUUCUGUUGUUGAUUUGAAAUUGUUAUUCUUCAGAGCAUCUCUUAUUGGUACGGUACUUCUUGAUCUAGCAUUUGUCUACAAUAAUCUCGAUCCUCAGUAUAGAAUUGUAAAUUCGGAGAGUACUUUUACAAUCACUCCAAAACUUUCAUCUAUUCAACCAACUUUACUUAUUUUCACUAUUCUACAUGUCUAUUAUUUUUUGGAUUCCCUAAUCUUUGAAUCCUCGUGGUUGACUUCUUUCACUCAUCAACAAGAAGGUUUUGGAUAUUUAUUGGUACUGUCUUACUGCAUCUCUCCAUUCUUAAAUGCUUUAUUGAUUAAAUAUGUGGUGGAAAACAAUGUGGAACUUGCCUGGUGGAAGCUAUUGUUGUCUCUUGUGGUAUAUGCUGCUGGAUUACUCUUGUAUAGAAAAAGCAAUAAUCAAAAAGAUGCCUUCAGGAAAAAUCCUUAUAGUCCUUUCAUAGCAAAUUUGGAAACGAUACCAACAACCCAAGGAAAAAAGUUAUUGGCAUCAGGUUUAUGGGGUAUCGUCAGACAUCCAAAUUAUUUGGGUGAUAUAAUCAUGCAUAUUUCUUGGUUACCUUUUGUUUUUUCAUUAUUACCAUCGCUUCCCAUAAUAUUGACGAUAUUGAUUUUGGUUCAUCGUUCACUAAGAGAUAACCACCAUUGCAAACAGAAGUAUGGAGCUGCAUGGGAUAGAUAUCGCAACAAAGUUAGAUACUUGUUGUUGCCAAAAGUUUAUUAAGAAAGUUAAAUGUGCUGUUGUCAUUUUUGAUAUAUAAUUAUUAGAAAAUAUGCACCCAUAAGUAAAUGGAAUAUUUUUGAUAAAAUCAUAUAUAUAUUUAUGUGCAUGUCAUUUUUUUAAGAUUGUAGAUUUUAUUCAUAUUCCAUUUAUAUUAUAAAAAAAAUUUUUAUAUUUUCGGACAUAUCUAUGUAAAUUACAAAAAUGUACAAUUCAAAAAUUUCAAUUAUGAAACUAGAAUAAAAUUAUCAACAAUUGUUAAAUAAGCAAAAAAGCUCUCUUUGAUAAAUUAUUAAGUAAUUAUGGCGAUAUGACAAUGGUUAAUUUCUCUAUGGCUCUAGAGAUCACAUUUUAAUAAACGACGUUAAAUUUUAGCUUUUAACAAUUAGAAGUGAUCCCUCUAGUGUCUUUUUAUCCCAAAUUAGAUACAAUCCAAUUAAACUAUCAUUCAAAAUCUUAUUGCUAUU